CAACCUCAGCGCCGUCAGCAGCAGUACAGCUCCUGUGUAUCCCAUCCCAGUAACAAUGAAGACUUUGGUGUUGUUGUUGGCUCUUGUAGCUUGUGUAUGUAGUGAGGGAACACACCAUCAAGGAGUGGCAGCUUCCACUUCCCGAAAAUCUGUUGACAAGUCAUAUUCGUACCCUGAUCCUGUUGCUCGACCCUCUGCUCCAACCUACUCCGAGCCUGCUGCUCCUCCGAGACCAGCUUCUGCUUACAGCGCUGAGCAGGCUAGUCAGUCUCCUCCUGCUUCCUUCGACCCACAGGGAUACUACUACUAUUACUACCCGGUCCAGGAGCAGAAGGAAAAGGGGUUGUUUGAGUUGAAGGACAGUGACCUCCUGCUGGUGGUGAUCGUCGGUAUGGUGGUCGUUGGUGGCUUGCUAGUGGCCCUCACUUACUUUGACACCUCUGAGGGACGUAGACUUGACCCCAUCCGUGUCUCCUACGAUGACAUCUACGACGUGGCGAAGACGGUGUAUAAAGCUAUCAGCAAGAAGUACUGAGCUGACUAAAGCUAUUGUACUGGAUUUAUAAUGUAUGGGGGGAGGGGGGAGGGAUACAUUAUUGACAUUUGUUCCACUAACAAAAACAUUCAUGUUAGGGGUCGAGUCUCAGCUCCUGGUCUCGUCUUUUCAACUACAAUUGCCGACAUCAUUGUUUCCUGUCUUCAUGGGCUCUAUUGUGUCUACUUUUGAAACGAUGUAUCGAAUUUGUCUCUGUCACAUCCUCAUCUCAUUCCACUUAUUUAACACAUUAAGACUGAAAAAGUAUUUCCCAACAUCAAAAUAGUUAAUCUAUAUCUUUAUAUCCUUUCUACGACUGAUAUACGUUUUAUUUAAAAAAGUGUGCCCUUGUGAGCUGUGUCAAAUCCUCUGAGUAUCUCGUAUGUCGUAAUCAUGUCUCGUAUUAUAUUUAUGUGAUGUAUAUCCAGCUGGGUAAUGUGCACUGAUGUUUUUUGUUAUUAUCCAUUUGUCAUUUAAAUUGUUGAUCAAUUAGUUUCUGUUGUAAUAGUUCAUAGGGACUAUUUUCUAUGCAACCUUUCACUAUUUAUAAAAAUUAAUAAAUUAAUACAGUAAUAAAGAA